CCCGGGGGCCCUUUAAAAUCUUGGGGGCCUCGCGAGUGUGCGCAGACAGUACCGCGGCGGCCUUUCGGUUUUUGCGUGGGAUCCGUGCAAGUGGGAACUAUGAGCUCGUCGUCGUCGUCGUCGUCGAACGCGGACCAGCGGCUGGAGCACCUCCUGAGCGCCGUGGAGAGCGAGUUCCAGAAGGGCAGCGAGAAGGGCGACGCGUCCGAGAGGGAUAUUAAGCUGGCCUUGGAGGACGCCGAUUUGUGGAACAAGUUCAAGGAGUUGACCAACGAGAUGAUCGUCACCAAAACCGGACGGCGUAUGUUCCCGGUCCUCAGGGCCAGCGUGAGCGGCCUGGACCCCAACGCCAUGUACUCGGUUUUGCUGGACUUCGUGGCGGCCGACAACAACCGCUGGAAGUACGUGAACGGCGAGUGGGUGCCCGGCGGCAAGCCGGAGCCGCAGAGCCCGAGCUGCGUCUACAUCCACCCGGACUCGCCCAACUUCGGCGCGCACUGGAUGAAGGCGCCCGUGUCCUUCAGCAAAGUCAAGCUGUCAAACAAGCUCAACGGCGGGGGCCAGAUUAUGCUCAACUCGCUGCACAAAUACGAGCCCAGGAUCCACAUCGUCAAGGUGGGCGGCAUCCAGAAGAUGAUCAGCAGCCAGUCCUUCCCGGAGACCCAGUUCAUCGCAGUCACCGCCUACCAGAACGAAGAGAUUACAGCUCUGAAGAUCAAGCACAACCCUUUCGCCAAGGCCUUCCUGGACGCCAAAGAAAGAAGCGAUCACAAGGACAUGCCCGACCACAGCGUGGACACUCAGCAGUCCGGCUACUCCCAACUGGGAGGCUGGUUCCUGCCGGGUCAGAGCCCCAUCUGCCCCAGCAGCAGCCCGCCGCAGUUCAGCGGCACGGCGGGCCACUCGUCGGGCUCGUACUGCGAGCGCUACUCCGGCCUGAGGGGCCACCGGGCCAGCCCGUACCCCGGCCACUACCCCCACCGCGCCUCCGCCACCAACAACUACAUGGACAACACCUCCGGCGCCCUGGCGCCAACCCACGACAGCUGGUCCGCCCUCCAGAUCCCCAACUCCACGGGCAUGGGGACCCUGUCCCACACCACCAACUCCACGUCCAACUCCAGUCAGUACCCCAGUUUGUGGUCCGUGGCGGGCACCACCCUCACCCCGUCGGGGUCGGCGUCGGGCUCCAUCCCGGGCGGUCUGACCUCGCAGUUCCUGAGGGGAUCCUCCUACACGGGCCUGACGUCCUCGCUGCCCGUCUCCUCGCCGUCCUCCAUGUACGACCCGGGGCUGGGCGAGGUGGGCGUGGGCGACGCGCAGUUCGAGAGCUCCAUCGCCCGGCUGACGGCUUCGUGGGCGCCCGUCGCCCAGAGCUACUGAGUGUCGGCGGCAGUUGUUUAUUUUCAUUUUUGUUUUUAUAUUUCCGCUAACAUCCAAGUGUAUAUUCUUUGUACAUAGACUAAAUUAACUCGCCGUGAUGUUCCAUGGAAUCGUGCCUUUUCGGAUUUAAGUGCCUUGCUCGCGAGGGGCGCGCCCCCUCCCACCUGUACAUAACUAUUUGUAUUUGAACUCGCUGUGAGUUGUUAUUUAUGUCACUUAAUAAUAAAUUAAAAAAAAA